UUUUUCUCUUUUUGAAUCAAUGUUUUCAUUUUUAUCUCUUAAUUAAUCAUCGAUUCUAUUAAUUGUAACCAGUGAUUAUUUUAUUAGAUUUAGUUGCGUUAAGUGAUAGCAAAAUUAUGCAAUAAUUGGAUUGUGUCAAAGUUAAAAGUGAAAUUGAAUUAAAACUGAUCUCAUUUUUAUCUUUUAUCCAAAAGUGAGGGCAAGGUCUUUGGGCUUUUGUUUACCAUCGGUCGGUGAUCCAUGCUGAUCAAUUGUUGACUCUCUUUGUGUUAAUUGGAUUUUAUUUUGAUUUGAUUAUUUAUUAUUCGAUUUGGAACAUUUUUGUUAAUGUAUUGGUCGUCAUCGUUUAUUUUGGAUCAAGUAAUCUUGUGAAUCUUUUCGAUGGCUCUUCAUACAAUCUUUGCAAGAGAAACGACAACAACAUUAACCCUACAUUUUCUCUGGUUAUUGUUUCUUUCUCCGUGAUUAUCCUUCAUCAAAAUUGUUCUUAUUUAUUUAAAUCAUUUCAUUAAUUGUUUCUGUCUAUCUCAUUUUUCACCUAAUUUCAUUAACUAUUAUGAUCUAAAUCAUUCACUGGCUUUUUUUUUCUCUUUGCCUGAUAUAAAUCUCACAUUCUCUCUUUCUCUUUCAUUACCCUUUUCUUAAUUUUGUCAACAUAAUCAAACAAUUUUUUAUUCAUUUAAUUUAAUUUAUCACAAAUCUUCGGACAUUUUCAACAAUCUCAUCAAAAUUGAAUCACAUACAAAACAACAUAAACAACAACAACAACAACAACAACAAUCAUGGAGAGUGAAGACUAUGAAGAUGGUGAACCAUUUUUCUACACCUUUAAUAGCCACUUUAAGCUAUUGUUAAGAUUUCUUGUUGGAUUAUCAAUCAAUUGGACUUCUUUUAAAUGUUUACUCAAUUCAAUCAAAAUGAUACUUAUGCGUACGGAGACAAUUAUCCUGUUAAUUUCACUGGCAAUUAUUUAUAUCUGUUGUCAUUCAUCUGAUGUUUGGCCGAACAUUUUAUCCAAACGAAUACCCAAUCAAUGGCUUCUUAAACUGGGAAUUAUCAAAGUUAAACCUAAAAAUAAUUGUAGCUCUUCAACGGAAGGAUUAAUUGUUAAUAAUGUUGGCAUUUAUGCGAUUCAAGGUAGACGUCCCAAAAUGGAAGAUACCUUUUCCUAUUGUGAUGAAACCUCAAGAUUUGGCUUACAAAUGUUUGGUGUAUUUGAUGGUCAUGGAGGAGAUUCUGCAUCCAGGCUUGUUCAAGAUCGUCUCUUCACCUCUAUCCUGGAAACCUUAGAAAAUAUUUCCAAGGAAACAUCAGAACCCUUGGUAUCAAUUUUAAAAGAUGAAACAAAACCAAACGAUAAACAGGCUGAUGAAUUUUGUCCCGCCAAUGGAGAUGUUACCUGUAAAUCUACAACUUCACCAGUAUCUUCACCAUCAUCAUCAUCAUCAUCAUCUUUUUCAUUUUCAUCACCAUCAUGUUCACCUAAUGAUGGGAAUAAAGGUGACAUGAGAUCAAAAUAUAUCUCACGUUUAAUCAGUAAACAUAUAAUUGAUUUGGAUAAAGAGAUUGUUAAAGAAAUGAAAUUGAAAAAUGAUGUUUCUGGAACCACUGCUCUUGUUGCUGUUAAUCUGAUUAAAGAGAAAACCUUAAUUGUUGCUAAUGUUGGUGAUUCUCGAGCUGUUCUCUGUGAUCGUAAAGGAAAUGUGAUCCCACUAUCAUUUGACCAUAAACCUGAUCAAGUAAAGGAAAAGAAACGAAUCAAAGAUGCUGGAGGUUUCAUUCAAUAUAAUGGUGUUUGGAGAGUGGCUGGCAUAUUAGCAACAUCUCGAGCUCUCGGUGAUUACCCAUUGAAAGACAACAAUUUAGUCAUCCCCGAUCCUGAUAUUCUUACAUUUGACCUUAAUCAUGUUAAACCAAGCUUUAUGAUCUUAGCUUCGGACGGUCUAUGGGACACUUUUACCAACGAAGAAGCCGCUGAAUUUGUUCGUAUUAAUCUUGAAAUGUUACAGAAAAGAUCUUGGAAAUCAUCUAAUAGUAUUGCUCAAGAGCUUGCCAAAAGUCUUGUUCAUCAAUCAUACAAAAAAGGAUCAUUGGAUAACAUAACUGUGAUAAUUGUAUUAUUUGAUUCCUGAUUCAACCAAAAAUUGACAAGAAAACUUGAAGAUAAAGAGAAGAGAGAUUGACAGAAACAGUCAGAAUUACAAACAGAUAAAAGAGAAAAUCAACUAAAUCAAUUUCACUGUUAAUUAAGUCGAUUCACCCAACGAUUCACUUGAAUUUUACUUAAACCAAAAAAAAAGAAACAAUUCAAUUCUCUUGCUGUUAAAAUUUUGUCUCUAUUAUGCUGUUUAAUUACCUGCCUUCAUGAAAAACAAUUCAUUUUAAUUAACUAACAUAAUUUUGAUUUUGAUUUGAUUAAGGAAAAAAGCUCUUAAAAACAACAACAACAAUUUAAACAAUCAAAAGAAAAAUCAUCUUGGUGUAACCGUCCUCCUCAUAAUUGACCAUUGAUUGAUUGUUGAGAGAAAAAAACAAAUGUGAAAUAUUUAUAUAUUUACAUUUAUACAAUUUAAACAUCUUGUACUUGAGCAAUUAACUAAUCAUCAAAUUGUUUUGAUAUUUUAAAUGAACUCAUUUUAAACGACAAGAUAUAAAAAAAAAUUGGAUACAAGGAAAUAUCAGCUUACAAUGAAGUGAACAAAUUAAGGACAACAAUCAACUAUGUGAAAUAAUAUCAAAUCUAAAUUAUUGAGAGUAUGACCAUGUUUAGAACGUUAUUUCUUAAACAAUUAAUGAAAAAAAACAAAAAUAUAUUAAUUGUCUCUCAACUUUGUACAUUGAAAUUAAAA